AUGGAUCCAUUCGUUUUGUCACGAAAUGCUUUUAACAUCUAUUGCUCCGAAUAUGCUAAUACCAAUUCAUCUGCUACUGUGACGAAUAAUAAUAAUAAUCAACCAAAAAUUGAUACAAAUCAUUCCUCAAUAUGUCAACCAGAAAAAGUAAAUCAAAAUAAUUUUUAUUAUGAGAAAGCUAUUCAUCAAUUAAAUCAUCGAUAUGAAUAUUUUUUACAAACACUCGAUCGAUUACAAAUAUCAUUUGGACAAAUAGCUAACACAAUAUCACAUAAAAAUCAUAAUAUCAACUCACUGAGCAAUCGUGAAAGAAAAACUUCUAUAUCAUCUUUUGUUACCAAUAAACGAAAUAAUAAGAAACAUUUGUAUCAAUCAGUAAAACGACGUAUGCCAAAAGUAUAUAUCACAGUUUCUUGUGCUGAACAUUUCACACAACAACAACCUAAUGUUUAA